UUCCCCCAGCUAGCCUCCAGUGCUGGAAGUCAGAGCGAACACGGAGCCGCUGCUGCUGCCACCUCAACAUGGAGUAGCCAGAGCCCAUCGUUUACUGCUCACAAGCGGAUACCACAGAGAGGAAUACCCGGCGAGCCUCCAUCCGAAGACCCCGCCAAUGAUCCAGGAGCCGUUGUUCAUCCAGGCGAAGCGAAGCGCGGCUUGUAUUCAGAAAGAUGGCGAACGACUCUCCGGCUAAAAGUCUGGUAGACAUAGACUUGGCUUCACUGCGGGACCCGGCUGGGAUAUUUGAGCUGGUGGAGGUAGUUGGAAAUGGCACCUAUGGACAAGUAUACAAGGGACGACACGUCAAGACCGGACAGCUGGCUGCCAUCAAGGUCAUGGAUGUCACUGAAGAUGAAGAGGAGGAAAUUAAACUGGAGAUCAAUAUGCUGAAGAAGUAUUCGCACCACAGAAACAUAGCCACCUACUACGGCGCUUUCAUUAAGAAGAGCCCCCCGGGACACGACGACCAACUAUGGUUGGUGAUGGAAUUCUGUGGUGCUGGUUCCAUCACAGACCUGGUGAAGAACACGAAGGGGAACCAGCUGAAGGAAGACUGGAUCGCCUACAUCUCCAGAGAAAUCCUCAGAGGUCUGGCUCACUUACAUGCCCACCACGUCAUCCACCGCGACAUCAAAGGCCAGAACGUCCUGUUAACCGAGAACGCUGAAGUUAAACUCGUGGACUUUGGUGUGAGCGCUCAGCUGGACCGGACGGUGGGUCGGAGGAACACCUUCAUCGGGACUCCUUACUGGAUGGCCCCCGAGGUCAUCGCUUGUGACGAGAACCCGGAUGCUACUUAUGAUUACAGAAGUGAUUUGUGGUCUUGUGGUAUCACAGCGAUUGAAAUGGCUGAAGGAGCACCACCACUUUGUGACAUGCACCCCAUGCGUGCCCUCUUCCUCAUUCCGAGAAACCCUCCACCUAGGCUCAAAUCUAAAAAAUGGUCCAAAAAGUUUUUCAGUUUCAUCGAAGGCUGUCUGGUGAAGAACUACACGCAGCGCCCGCCGACGGAGCAGCUGCUGAAGCAUCCCUUCAUCCGAGACCAGCCCAACGAGAGGCAGGUCCGGAUACAGCUCAAAGACCACAUUGACCGGACCAAGAAGAAGAGGGGCGAGAAAGAUGAGACGGAGUACGAGUACAGCGGCAGUGAGGAGGAGGAAGAGGAUCCCCCAGAGCAGGAGGGAGAACCCAGCUCCAUCGUCAACGUGCCCGGUGAGUCGACUCUGCGCCGCGACUUCAUCCGCCUGCAGCAGGAGAACAAGGAGCGAUCGGAGGCUCUCCGUCACCAGCAGCUCCUCCAGGAGCAGCAGCUCCGAGAGCAGGAGGAGUACAAGAGACAGCUGCUGGCCGAGAGGCAGAAACGAAUCGAGCAGCAGAAGGAGCAGAGGAGGCGGCUGGAGGAGCAACAGCGACGUGAACGCGAGCUGAGGAGGCAACAGGAACGCGAGCAGCGACGCCGCGAGCAGGAGGACAAGAGACGCAUCGAGGAGAUGGAUCGUAGACGCAAAGAAGAGGAGGAACGCCGGCGGGCUGAAGACGAGAAGAGAAGGAACGAUCGUGAGCAGGAGUACAUCCGACGUCAGCUGGAGGAGGAGCAGCGACACCUGGAGAUGCUGCAGGAGCAGCUGCUCCGUGAACAGGCCAUGCUGCUGGAGUUCAAGUGGCGGGAGCUCGAGGAGCAGCGCAAAGCCGAGCGACUCCAUAAGCGCCUGCAGCAAGAGCAGGCCUACCUGCUGUCGCUGCAGCACGAGUCCAAACAGCAGCCUGGCGACAAGACCAAACCCCCCUCAGACCAUAGCAAACCUCCACAGACCUCCACUCUGCCCCCCGACAGAGCCCUCACCACCACCCCUCAAGCUCAGGUCCUCCACGCUGCCGCCGUUUGUGCAGCGAGAGGCGAGUCCCCCAGAGCCCAGACCGUCCCCUCAGACGAGACUGAUGAGACCUGCCCCAGCCGGCCCUCUAACUCCCCCAGCCCCCCUCUGACUGAAACCCCCACUGACUGUACCCCUCCCCAGGCAGAAGGUUUGGAACCCGACAGGCCCAGCGAGCCUGUCAGUCAUCCUCCUCAGCCUAUCAGAGAGGCCGACGAGCGCUACCGUAAGAACAUUCAGGGCUCCCCUCAGAUCGCCCCUCCUCCCAAGCAGCCCCCUCUGCCUCCCCGAUCCUCUGAACCGUUCUCCAACGGCAGCUCCUCCGAGGCCUCCGCCAUGCACCGGCCCAUGGAGCCCCAGGUCCAGUGGUCCCACCUGGCUGCUCUAAAGAGCAGCAACAGCGCCGCCCCCUCUCCUCCUCCUCCUCCGCCCGUGGUCGCUCGCUCCCAGUCCUUCAGCGAGUCCGGCGGCGGCGUCACCUCUAGCUUUGCACAACUACACCUGCGCUCCCAGGACCCCCACCAUCACCACCACCACCACCCAUCGCCCGCACGCACUGACCCCCAACCCCAACCUCCCCUCCGCCACCACCCUCCUCAGGGCCAGAGCGGCGGCGAGGAGGUCCCUCCCAAGGUACCGGUGAGGACAACAUCCAGAUCUCCCGUUCUGUCACGCCGAGAGUCUCCCCUGCCGUCACAACCUGGCAACCAGGGUGGACAGAGGAACGCUGGCGGUAACGUGGAGCAGCGCCCCCUGUGGGAUCGAGUGGAGAAGCUUCAGUCUCGUCCGGGCAGCGGCAGCUCCUCCGGCUCCUCCAACUCCAGCUCCCAGGCCAGUCCAGGGGACCGCUUCAGGCCACGCUGUGAGUCCCCUGCCUCUUCUAAAUCUGAGGGAUCUCCUCUCCAGCGGCCUGAGAACGUUUCCAAAAAACAAGACGAAAAGAACGUCGCUAGACCUACUCGACCGGCCGACCUGACCGCUCUGGCCAAGGAGCUCCGUGCCGUCGACGAUGUCCGGCCUCCCCACAAGGUCACCGACUACUCCUCCUCCAGCGAGGAAUCAGGCACCACCGACGAGGACGACGAUGAGGAGGUGGACCAGGAGGCGGGAGAGGAGUCCACCUCAGGGGCCGAGGACUCCAGAGCUGGAUAUCCCCAUGGCUUCCGCAGGAGGCUGAGUAACGGAGAGACGGAGUCUGCCAAGACCAUGCUGGUGGAGGACUCGGAGAGUGACCAAGCCAUCACACCCUCCAAGGAUGGAACCCUGGUCAUCAGACAGAGCCCAGCAGACAUAAAGCGGCUGGUCAGUCUCUCGUCUUCUUCGCCUGGCUCUGGUCACGGCCAACCCCCCGGCCACGGCCUCCCUGAGAAAAACGGCUUUGCUGGCCGCAUACACCACCUACCAGACCUUAUCCAGCAGAGCCAUCACUCCCCUUCCUCCUCCACAGCCAUCCCUUCCUCCUCCUCCUCCUCGUCCUCCCCUUCCUCCUUCCCCUCAUCAUCUAGCUAUGCCAGUCCUGCAAUGUCCCCACAGAUCCCCCUGGACGAGCUCACUGCCGUAGAGUCCCAGUCAGAGAGCAACUCCAUGUCCAAACACAAGUCUUCCUCUUCGUUCACUCCCUUCAUCGACCCACGCCUUCUGCAGAUAUCCCCAUCCAGCGGCAGCUCCCUCAACAACAUGGCAGCGUUUGGGCAGGACGGACGCCUGGCCGACCCGCUGAGGUCUGAUCCGUCCCGUAAAGGCUCUGUGGUCAAUGUCAACCCGGUCAACACUCGUCCGCCGAGCGACACUCCGGAGAUUCGCAAGUACAAAAAGAGGUUCAACUCUGAGAUCCUGUGUGCAGCACUUUGGGGAGUGAAUCUGCUGGUCGGGACAGAGAGCGGUCUGAUGCUGCUGGAUCGCAGCGGUCAGGGGAAGGUUUACCCUCUGAUCAACCGCCGACGCAUCCAGCAGAUGGACGUCCUGGAGGGACUCAACGUCCUGGUCACCAUAUCAGGUAAGAAGAACAAGCUGCGAGUGUAUUACCUGUCGUGGCUCAGGAACAAGAUUUUGCACAACGACCCUGAAGUGGAGAAGAAGCAGGGUUGGGUCAACGUGGGCGACCUGGAGGGUUGCGUCCACUACAAAGUUGUGAAGUACGAGAGGAUUAAGUUCUUGGUGCUGGCCUUGAAGAACGCUGUGGAGGUGUACGCCUGGGCGCCCAAACCCUACCACAAAUUCAUGGCCUUUAAGUCUUUUGGUGACCUGGUGCACAAGCCUCUGCUGGUCGACCUGACUGUGGAGGAAGGUCAGAGGUUAAAGGUCAUCUACGGCUCCUGCUCAGGCUUCCAUGCUGUGGAUGUGGACUCUGGUGCCGUCUACGACAUCUACCUGCCCACACAUAUCCAGACCAGCAUCCAGUGCCACGCCAUCAUCAUUUUACCCAACACUGAUGGGAUCGAGCUGCUGGUGUGUUACGAGGACGAGGGUGUCUACGUGAACACCUACGGACGCAUCACCAAGGACGUGGUGCUGCAGUGGGGAGAAAUGCCAACUUCAGUGGCCUACAUUAGGUCAAACCAGAUCAUGGGCUGGGGUGAGAAGGCCAUAGAGAUCCGCUCCGUUGAGACGGGUCACCUGGACGGCGUCUUCAUGCACAAGAGAGCUCAGAGACUCAAGUUCCUUUGUGAGAGGAACGAUAAGGUCUUCUUCGCCUCCGUGCGUCCCGGAGGUGCCAGCCAAGUCUAUUUUAUGACACUGGGACGCACUUCCCUCAUGAGCUGGUAGACGGCGUCCUCUGGCCGAACCCGACGACCGCACGGCGACCAACGGACCACGAUUGUGACUAUGACUGACACCGACGAAGAAGAGUCGGAGCUUCCUCUCAGCCGCUCGGGCCGAAACAAACAAAACCAACGGAUUGGACUGUAAUCAGGAUAAGGAACUUCGCGAGGUUUUUCUCCUCUCCCGCUGAGGGCUGCGUUGCCUGUUUCUGUGUCAUAGUAAAACUUUGUAUGUGAACGACAACUUGUGUUUUGUCUGAAGGCGCCGCUUUUAAAAGGUUUGCCGCGCCGAAGAAGUUGGAUCGCGGCCCCCCGUUUGAGGUAGUUUCCACCACCGCUGGUAGAUUCCCACGUCAAGCACGCGACACUAUUCUAUUCACCCCCGUAGACGACGCUUGACUGCCUCUUUUGCCUUCACAUCCUCAAAGUGAAGCAUUCUUAAGGGACCUUCAUGAUAAAUCAUUAAACACAGGGUACUGGAUGUCAGCCUGUACAUAUUAACUACAUCUCACAGGUUUUCCCGCCUUUUUAAAAAACAAAUCUUACCACAUUGCCUCGUGUGCUGUAGGUUAUGUUGGACAGAACUUUAUGACGGCAUGAUGCUUUGGUGUUAUUAACGACGAGAAAAAGAAUAAAAAAUUAGCCCCGUUUUUUUUAAUACACUGUAUGUUUUGUGUGCUGCACAUGAAUAAACGCACCCAUAGAUAAAGGAAAAAUCCACCUUUUUUAUCAUCUUUUUUUCUCCUUCCGUUGAGCACCAAGAAAACACCCGGAAAUGUGAGGUUUCACUACACGUAGCUGUUUUAAAGUGGAUUUUUCCUUUGAUUUUUAAGUAGGGCUUAGGAUAAACUGUGAAUUAGACGUGCAAAAUUAGCAGGUGGCCAUUAAGGUAGCAUGGAGAAAGAAGCGAGAGGCAUUCGAAGGAGACUUUAGCUUCACAUGUAGCUAAACGGUUGCCUUAGAAGGGUCUCCGGAUGAUUGAAAUCCACAACUUCACAAGCGAAGAAUCGGAUUUUGGAACACUUUAGUCUGAAGCAGCCAUGUGAUUCAAUAUUGGACCUCUUUUAUCUUAUAUUUUGAUCUUCAGACUGCAUUGAAGAUACUUUAACUGAACUCCAUCCCGCUUUUUGUUGUUUCAUUUUUCUUCCUCGCUCAUCCUCGGAAACGACAAGACUUAAUCCCGUUUUUCCACCGUUAAACUCACACUUCCGAAUCUGCUCCCGGUAGGCGUGGUGCCUUCACUGUCUGGUUUGAGGAAGGGGGAACCUGUUGGGAGCUCCAGGCACAUUUGGAACGAGAUGCUUUCACUCUCAUCUGUGAAAAGCUAAGAAGGCAACAAAAACAACAACAAGAACACACGUUCAAACAGCAGCGUUACAAAACCUCUUCAGCUGGCGCGAGCUGAGCGGCAUAUUUUUAACUCGGACUUAGUUUCUAGUCUCGUUUUUAUUCUGUAACCCUUCGUGUGCUACUGCAGUGGUUUUUAACUUGUAAUGCACACCUUAUGUUCAGAAAUGUUUACAGAAGCAAUUGUUUUGUUAAACCAAUGUGCAUCGAUAUGAAUAUUUAUGGUUUUAAUUUUGAGGGCAGUUUGUUUUUUUUCUUCUCCCUGUUUUGUAUUUUGUAUUAUUCCUUUUUGUACUAUCAUUUAGACGUUUGUGUACAGGAAUAAUCAACUUUUUUGCUCACUUUAAGAAUUCACACGAGUCCAUGGUGUCUUUUCACUGAUUUCCUCUCCAUCCUCCCCCCUGGCUGUGUGGUGGCAUGGGUCUCAUGUUUUUCUGCCACCCAGGUAACGUUUCCUCCUCAGAUGUCCCUCUGCCAGGUCUCUAAUUUAUGUCCUCUCUGUGUGUACUAUGGGAAUUACUGUAUUUUCCUGAAAGUCUUUUUUUUUCUCCAUUGAAUAAAAUCAGAAGUAAUUUACA